CCGGGCCCGGGUAAAGUUAUACACAGUUGGUCGUAAUGUACCCCUUCUAUUGGUAAAUAUUACGAGAAUGAGGUGGGCAAUUUUAGGAAAAGAUGGUAAAAUGGAGCAGUUUGAAAAGCUGAGAACUUUGGCCUCUGGUUCAAAGAAAACUUAUUCUCUCUCUAGCCAUGGACACAUAUUUCUCCUGCUUUCUCUCUCUAGCCAUGGACACAUAUUUCUCCUGCUUUCUCUCUCUUCUGCCCUGUUUCCCGUGAGAUGCAUGAGGUAAAUAAUGGAAACAUAUGUACUCCACUUCCAAAUGUCAAGCAUUCUCCGUUUGAAGGAGGCUGCCAAUUUCUCUCACUACCCUUCCCAUAGAUGCCUACUUCCCUCUGCACUCUUCUCAAAUCACCCAAGUUUUCUCUCUCUUUGGUAUUCAAAUCAAUCAAAGCCCCCACUUCCAAAACACCUCAUUCCAAAUUUUCUUUUCCUUCAAUUUCCUUCUCUUCGAAACAUGACCUCAUUUCCAGACCAGCCCAUGAGAAAUUUUCUCUCACUCCCAUUUUCUUCCCUUCAAAUCAAGGCCCCAUUUCUGAACUGCCCCAUUUCUGAACUGCCCCAUUUCGAGCUUCAAGACCGACCCAAAUCACAUUGUCCGACUAUCCAUCGUUUGUUCGAUAAAAAUUCAAAAAGAGAAGUUUUGCAAUGCACGUCUGCAAUUUCCAGGCUUGCUCGCAAAAAACGCAUUGAUGAAGCUCGAAAGCUCUUUGAUUCAAUGCCUGAAAGAAACCAAGUCACUUGGAAUGCAAUGCUCACUGCUUAUAUAAAUAGUGGUCGAAUUAUGGAUGCCUUUCAGUUAUUUAAGAGAAUGCCUCAUAGGAAUGUGGUCUCUUGGACCGCGAUGCUUCAUGGCUUUGCACUCUCAGGAUUGAUCAAAGAAGCCAUGGGGCUCUUUAUUUCAAUGCCUGAGAGGAACCCCACUUCAUGGAAUGCCAUGAUAUCAGGGUUAAUACACAACCAUGAACUCACAGAGGCUCGAAGGCUCUUUGAUGAGAUGCCUGAUAAAAACACGAUUUCAUGGAAUGUUAUGCUAUCAGGUUAUGUUGAAAGUGCCAUGAUGGGGGAGGCGAGAGCUACAUUCGAUACCAUGCCUAAGCCCAAUGUUAUCACAUGGACAAGUAUGGUGGCUGGUUAUUGUAGAAGUGGCAACGUGAGCGAAGCUCGAGAGCUUUUUGAGCAAAUGCCAGUGAAGAAUUUCGUAUCAUGGACUGCCAUGAUUGGUGGGUAUGUGUGGAAUGGCAUGUAUGAUGAUGCAUUGCUUAUCUUUCAUGCCAUGAGAUGGGCAAGUGUGAAGCCCAAUAGUAUCACAUUUAUCUCCCUCUUUCAUGCAUGCUCUGGUUUGGGUUAUGUUAACAUCGGUAAGCCGCUCCAUGCCAGUUUAAUGGUGAAUGGUUUACAUGACCAUGAUGAUGAGAGAUUAUCAAAAAGCAUGAUUCACAUGUACUCUCAGUUUGGAAUCAUGGAUUAUGCCCAUUAUAUAUUUCAAAAGCGUCAACAGAAUUGCACCAUGUCAUGGAAUUCACUUAUCAAUGGUUAUGCUCAACAUGGGUCAUUGAGAGAAGCUAGGCGCUUGUUUGAUGCCAUGGAUACCAGGGAUGCGGUGUCAUGGACAUCCAUGAUAAAUGGGUAUUUAAGUGCAGGGGAUGUGGACGAAGCUUGCCACCUUUUUGAGAUGAUGCCCAUGACCAUGAAAGAUGCCAUAUCAUGGGCUGCCAUGAUAUCGGGGCACGUCCAUAACGAGCUCUUCUCAGAAGCCAUGGACUUGUUCUCCCAAAUGCAGCAAUCAUGCAUCAAACCCCUGGACCAUACAUACUCAAGCCUUCUCAGCGCUUGUGGUUCCAUGGCAUAUCUAGAUCAGGGGAGGCAGUUCCAUGCUCGGUUAAUCCAAACAAGACCAAAUUCAGACAUAAUAAUCAAUAACUCACUGGUUUCCAUGUACGCAAAAUGCGGGUCUAUAGACAAUUCUUACAAAGUAUUCAUUAACAUGCCAUAUCGUGACAUAAUCUCUUGGAACUCGAUGAUCAUGGGAUUUUCACAUCAUGGCUCAGCUGCCAUGACCGUGACGCUCCUAGAUGCCUUGACGGGUGAAGGCCUAAAACCAAAUUCAGUAACAUUUCUUGGCAUUCUAUCAGCAUGUAGCCAUGCUGGGCUUAUGGAUGAUGGAUGGAGGCUCUUCCGAUCCAUGAUACAUGAACACAACAUUGAACCAGAGGAAGAACACUAUAUAUGCAUGAUCGACCUUCUUGGGCGUUUCGGAAGAGUAGGUGAGGCUUUGGAAUUUGUUCAAAAAAUGCCAUUUAAGCCUGGUUUAAACGUGUGGGGAGCUUUGCUAUCCAUAUGUAGCAUACAUAAGAAUGUGGCUAUUGGCAAGAGGGCUAUGGAGCAUGUACUCCACUUUGAUCCUUUAAAUGCACCAGCUCAUGUGUUACUCUGCAACAUAUAUGCAGCUAAUGGUCGACAUGACGAGGAAACAAGACUUAGAAAGAGAAUGGGGCAUAAAGGUGUAAGAAAGUAUCCUGGUUGCAGUUGGAUUUUGGUGAAAGGAAGAUUGCAUCUCUUCUUAGCAGGGGAUAGAUCACACCCCCAAAUUGAAAAGAUAUGUGAAGUCCUUGGAGGCCCUGAUUAAGUUAAAGCUUGCUUCAUCUUUUAAA